AUGACAAAUGGAUACAACUGGUGUCCAACAAACAUCUAUGAACUGCAUGUUAUACUUCUAGAUGACACAGAUGACAUAGUUGACACCCUCCAGAUCGAGGAGAAUGGGAACUUGUUUGGCAAGUGGAACAUCGUGUCUCUUGAUCUCAUCGAAAACGAAAGGUUUAUCUCAGGUGAUUCCCAUCCGUUGAUAGAAGCAAAAGUUUCUCUCGCUCGAGAAAAGAAAAAUGAACAUAUGAUACUCAUUGAGCCUGGUUUGACUUCUCAACGGACUGGAGUAAACAGAGGUCUUCUGGUCAAGCCUUCGAUCAUGGGUGAUAAGACCUGA